UCGAGAUGUUCUCGGUGAUCAUCCUCGUGUUCCUUCAAGUCGCGAGGUGCAAUUUAGCGUUACAUCCGGACGAGAACCUCACGAUCACUGAAUUUAUAAUCAAAUACAAUUAUCCAGUGGAAACGCAUACGAUAGAAACCGAUGACGGGUACCUACUUAAGGCCCAUAGAAUCCCCCAUGGAGUUACCAAUAAGGAAUCGAAACGUGCCGUUUUAUUGGCCCACGGAAUGGGCGGAAGUGCUGAAAAUUUCAUUUAUUUAGGUCCUCCAGACGCUUUGGCCUUUUACUUAGCAGACAGAGGUUAUGACGUGUGGCUCUUUAAUGCCAGAGGUACCGCCCACUCCAGAUCCCAUAGAUCCUUAAACCCCAUAAGGGAUCGUAAGAAAUUUUGGAAUUUUAGUUGGCACCAGAUCGGUGUUUAUGACCUUCCAGCUACCAUAAACUACAUUUUGAAGGUCACAGGAACCAGUAAAAUCUUCUAUUCCGGUCACUCUCAGGGUACCACCAUUCUCUUUGUCAUGCUCUCAGAACUACCGGAAAUGAAUGAGAAAAUUAUGGCUGGAGCAAUGUUGGCCUCUUCGGCACAUCUAAGUUUCACCCAGUCUCCUUAUAUUAGUAUUGCAACGAAACUUUUGGGAUUAGGACAAAAACUUUUAGAAAUAUUUAACUGGCACGAGUUUCCUAUACCCAAUAGUCCGAUGUUAAACGGCAUCUUGAAGACCCUGUGCCGACCUACUGGUAUGCAAGAAGUUUGCGUUGAUGUACUUUACAUUGUGGGAGGAACCGAUUCUCACUUGUUUAAUAAAUCAUUACUCCCGUUUGUGUUGACCUCCUCUCCCUCGGGGUUCUCUGUUAAACAGGUGUGGCAUUAUGGGCAAGUCAUUGGCAGCGGAGAGUUUAAGCAGUACGAUUAUGGUGAAAAGAAGAAUUUAAAAUUGUACAAUAGUGUGGUACCUCCCACGUAUAAUUUGUCCAGUACGAGGGUUCCUAUGGCUCUGUUUUAUGGGGAUGGAGACGUUUUUAGUAAUUCUAAGAUGAACAACGAGUUAAGCAGAACCUUUCCCAACGUGAUACUAAAGUACCAGAUCCCUGUCGAAGGUUGGAACCACCUGGAUUACCUCCUAGCCUACAACGCGAAAGAAAUACUUUAUGAUCGUAUCGAUGAUGUUUUCAAACAAUGCGAAUAAAUUGUUUCAGUAAAGAA